GAAACCGGUUGGGUUAACAAAUGCCGGGUGAACGAUAGAAACCAAAUCGGGGCAUUAUAAAGCCAUUGACCCUUUUUCCACCCUUUCCUUCGAUCCCAUCUAUGGUGGUUUAUCAAUCACAGCUCCUGCAAAUGAAUCUGUCUUCGGAAAUAUAAAAGAAUGAAACCCACGACGGAGCAGAUCAAGGGAGUAAAUUAGAUCGAAGAGGGCAAAGGUAGCUUUGCUUCUUCUUCUUCAUUUCUAUUGAAGGAGGAGAGAAGCAAUGGCCCAGAUCUUCGAGUACUUCGUUGUUUGCGGGAUAGGUCCAGAGAUCCGAACCCUCGAUGGGAACAGAGGAUUCCAUGGGACUGGUGUCAUGUACUUGCCUUCUCUCCUCGAUCAAUUCCCUCCCUCUAAUCACUCCCUUUACCCUCCUCCGCCGCCUCAGCUUCCCACAGAUUGUGUAGAUUGUGGAAACCAAGUGUGCAUCAACGGUGCUUGUGUGGAGACCUUGACAACACUAGGUAUGGCCAUGAAAGCAGAGAAAAGAGAACUAUUGUCAUGAGAGAAUUUUUGGAUUUCAUCAGCCGGAAGAUUCUAAUUGUAUAAUUCCAGGCGUAUAUAUUAAUGAGUAGCUUCGGGGAAUACUUUGAAGGCCAAAUCCAGGCAAAUUGUUGUCCUUAAACCAACUUCUGAUCCCCUUCCCUUGCUGCUUACUAUUGAUUUGGCCCCCAUGCAUUUUGAGUUUUUUUAUCUAUCAUGUCUAGACCUCCAUCAUUUAAUAGCUGAAGGUGGAAUGCUGUAGUUGAGCUAGUUGAGGCAGGUUCCCUUAUCAGGGGAAAUUGAAAUUAUAAGGUAGAAGCUAACGAUCUGGAGACAGGCAUUCACUGUAGUAGAUUUAACAAAAGUGGAACUUCUCGCUAGAUUGUAACACCACAGAGUGGAUAAUGAGCAUGCUCUCUUUGGAAGAGG